ACGAAGAAGAAGAAGAAGAAGAAGAAGAAGAAGCAGCAGCAGCAGCAGCAGACGCGCUGCACGCCAGUGGUGCUACUUGCUGCAACAAGCUUCUGUACAUAACUCUGUAGUUUGGGGUCGCUUUGACGAUUUCUUUUCGUCCAGCCUCGCGUUGCAUUUAAAUGGCUGGAGCUUCACGGACUCUGCAUGCUGUCGGCGGCUUCAAAGAAACCAAGCCCGAAUUAAACAUGCGAAAUGACUAUCGUAUUGAUUUUUAAAGAUGACGUUAGCAUGAGCUUUACGUGGCUUUAUAAUGAUAGUUAGCGGAGAAGCUAGCUAACGUUAGUUAGUUUGGCUAACGUCGAGUAUCAACUAAGUUAAUGGCGCUAAACAGCUAAUGUGAGCGACAUUUAUUAUGAUUUGCUUGUAGUGAAUCAACCUAGAGUAGUUAGUCAGCAGCAUACGCUUUAGUUGUAUCUGCGGUAUGGUUCAUCUGGUGGUUUGAUGGGGCUUUUAAGGAUCAUGAUGCCGCCCAAGUUCCAGCUUUUGGCUGUUUUGGCAUUUGGAGUCACGAUGCUCUUUAUUGAGAACCAGAUCCAGAAACUGGAGGAGUCAAGAGCCAAACUCGGUAAAUACCAAAACAAAGAACGGACCAUUGCCAGACACGAGGUGGCUGAAGUAGAGCAGCGUCACAGUGAAGAUGCUGGGCGCGAAUUGUCACCACUGGCAGAAAAAGAUGACAUGGUCAUCAUCUACAACCGAGUGCCCAAGACGGCCAGCACAUCCUUCACUAACAUUGCCUACGACCUGUGUGGGAAGAAUCGCUUCCAUGUCCUGCACAUCAACACAACCAAAAACAAUCCUGUCAUGUCUUUACAAGACCAGGUGCGCUUUGUCAGGAAUGUCACCUCAUGGAGAGAGAUGAAGCCAGGCUUCUACCACGGCCAUGUAGCUUAUCUGGACUUCUCAAAAUAUGGAGCGAAGGGUAAGCCGAUGUACAUAAAUGUGGUGAGGGACCCCAUAGAGCGCCUGGUGUCAUACUACUACUUCUUACGUUUUGGAGACAACUACAGACCUGGUCUUCGACGAAGGAAACAAGGGGACAAAAAGACCUUUGAUGAGUGUGUGUCGUCAGGGGGGUCUGACUGUGCUCCUGAGAAACUCUGGCUGCAGAUCCCCUUCUUCUGUGGCCACCAUUUGGAGUGCUGGAAUGCAGGCAGUAGAUGGGCCCUGGAACAGGCCAAGUACAACCUGGUGAAUGAGUACCUGCUAGUUGGAGUAACUGAGGAGCUGGAGGACUUCAUCAUGAUCCUGGAGGCAGCACUGCCACGCUUCUUUAAGGGAGCCACAGAGCUCUACAGAACAGGAAAGAAGUCCCAUCUGCGAAAGACCACCGAAAAGAAGCCCCCCACCAAAGAGACAAUAGCCAAGCUGCAGCAGUCUGACAUCUGGAAAAUCGAAAAUGAGUUUUAUGAGUUUGCACUGGAACAGUUUCAGUUUGUGCGUGCCCAUGCUGUCAGGGAAAAGGAUGGAGAACUUUAUGUCCUGGCUCAGAGCUUCUUCUAUGAAAAGAUCUACCCCAAAGUGAACUAAAAGUGUAGCCAGAGGAGAGGGACAGGCACAGGGACUUUGCAAGGACUCUAUUAGAAGUCAUUUACACUGGGAGGAAAAGACACGAGUUCACCAAGUGAUGCUGGUGAAUGCUCGAAUGCUUUUUCUGGGAUUCAGAUUUUGACAGUGUUACAGUACAGAAAAUCCCUUUCAGGCGCUACAGUGGAAUUUCAACAAGGAAUGUGUGUGAAUGUUUUUUUUAUUGCUGGUGCAGCUGUUGAGAAAACUUAACAUGGAUAAACAGUCAGUCUGAACGGUGAGAAAGAAUUCAAGCCCAGAGCAGGGCGAAAUACUUACUGAAUGUGAUACAUCUCAAAACCCAAUCACAAGCAGCCUUUGAUAUGUGAAGUUCUGUGUUUGCUUUUUUUUUUUUUUUUUUUGGGGCGGCUCAAGAUAAAAGCAGCAAACCUCAACUAGUUUAACAAGUUUAAAACCAUAUUAAAGUGUUUUUCUGUCCCCUGACAGACACACUGUGUUUUAGGUGCACAAAUACUUGUUUACAAGUUACGGAAGAUAAAACUGUUAAAACCACAAAAAUCGGAGCUGCAUUUGUACAUACUGUAUUAACACGCAGUGAACAUGUUUUUGGACCAAAUGGUAGCAAAAGAUAUGUAGAUUGGACCAUUGCAUCCUUUGGUGCGUGACUAGUAAUUUUUUAUCCCACUGAGAUGUUCUCAAUUUUUAGACAUGUUUAACACAUCGUAUCAGUGUUUUACCACAGAGAUAGGGAUGUGCAUCUUUGAUAUAACUGAUAGCUGCUGUUUCAGCCGGUGAAAGGACCACACGUGGAGCAGGAGCAGGGUAUUCAUCAAAAAUGAAUAGAAUGUUUUGAGUACAGGGUUUACCAGAGCUUUCAGCAGAAAGAGACGGGGCCAGUGGUCAAACUGGUUGUGCCUUUAUUACAAUGUUUAGGACAUUUUUCUGGCAUUCAUUUUCCAGUGAUGAUGUUUUCCCUUUUUUGUGUGUAUUCUUAUGAACUGCAGUUCCUGUUUCUCUUCUGUUUCACACUUACCCCAUUAACAACCUAAACAUAAAUACAUAACUGCAAA